AUGGCGGCGCCCAGGGAAGUGGCUGCGGCAUCCUCUGCCGAAGCUGAUGGUGAGGGCAUCGCCUUUAGGAUGUGGCUGGACGAACGGUUGGAGGCGCUCGGAGUUGAUCAAGCCGUGUACGGCGCUUACAUCCUGGGUGUUCUGCAGGAGGAGGAGGAAGAAGAGAAGCUGGAUGCUCUGCAGGGGAUCCUCUCAGCUUUCUUGGAAGAAGACUCCUUGCUUAAUAUCUGCCGAGAGAUUGUGGAACGAUGGACAGAAACUCAGAAUGUUGUCACCAAAGUGAAAAAAGAAGAUGAGGUACAGGCGAUUGCCACCUUAAUUGAGAAGCAAGCACAGAUUGUGGUGAAGCCCAGGUUGGUGUCAGAAGAGGAAAAGCAGAGAAAAGCUGCCCUCCUGGCCCAGUAUGCUAAUGUCACAGAUGAAGAGGAUGAAGCAGAUGAGAAGGACGAUCCAGGUGCCACGACAAUGAACCUUGGUUCUGACAAAUCUCUCUUCCGAAACACCAACGUGGAAGAUGUCCUCAAUGCCCGAAAACAGGAGCGAGAUUCACUUCGGGAUGAGUCCCAAAGGAAGAAGGAACAAGACAAGUUGCAGAGGGAGAGGGACAAAUUAGCUAAGCAGGAGCGCAAGGAAAAGGAGAAAAAAAGGACACAGAAAGGGGAGCGAAAACGAUAA